AAAGAAGCUUCAGAUUCGCCAUCGCUUUAUUCCCGUUUAGCAGCUCGUUAGCAGAGUUUACAACCUGACAUAGCCAUGGAGGUGACGAUGGACCCAUUGUUUCUUGCAUGGAGCUAUUUCAGGAGGCGAAAGUUUCAACAGUGUUCAGAUAUUUGUAGCAAAAUAUUGCAAGAUAGUCCCUACGACCAGGACUCAUCUUUUCUUAUCUCUGAGGCAGCAUGGAGCUUAAAAACCAGAGCCCUCACAGAGAUGGUGUACAUCGAUGAAGUUGAUGUUGAUCAGGAAGGGAUUGCUGAGAUGAUGCUAGAUGAAAGCUCUAUUGCACAAGUUGCACGACCUGGAACAUCACUGAGACUCCCUGGAACAAGUCAGGGUGGUGGUCCCACUCCAGCAGUCAGGCCUAUGACACAAUCAGGGCGUCCUAUCACAGGAUUUGUGAGACCCAGCACACAGUCAGGGCGUCCAGGAACAAUGGAGCAGGCAAUCAAAACUCCGCGUACUGCAAGCACAGCGCGUCCUGUCACUAGUUCUUCUGGUAGAUUCAUUCGUUUGGGAACUGCUUCAAUGCUAACCAAUCCAGAAGGACCUUUCAUAAAUUUGUCGAGAAUAAACCUGUCCAAGUAUUCUCAAAAGCCAAGUUUGUCCAGGACUUUAUUUGAGUACAUCUUUCACCAUGAAAACGAUGUUAAAAAUGCUUUAGAUUUAGCAGCUCAAGCUACUGAGCACGCACAAUUUAAAGAUUGGUGGUGGAAGGUUCAACUAGGAAAAUGUUACUACAGACUUGGUUUAUACAGAGAAGCAGAGAAACAGUUUCGAUCAGCUCUCAACCAGCAGGAGGUGGUAGAUACAUAUCUCUACCUCACAAAGGUUUAUCAACGCAUGGAUCAACCAAUAACAGCCCUCAACCUUUUCAAGGAAGGCCUGGACCACUUCCCUGGUGAGGUCACUCUUCUAACGGGAAUCGCCCGCAUCCAUGAGGAGAUGAACAACAUUACUUCAGCCACAGAGUACUACAAAGAGGUCUUGAAGCAGGAUAACACACACGUAGAGGCAAUCGCCUGCAUAGGCAGUAAUCACUUCUAUACCGACCAGCCUGAGAUCGCCCUGCGGUUCUACAGACGACUUCUCCAGAUGGGUGUAUAUAACUGCCAGCUGUACAACAACCUGGGCCUCUGCUGUUUCUAUGCACAACAGUAUGACAUGACUCUGUCCUCAUUUGAGAGAGCUCUGGCACUGGUUUCCAGUGAUGAAGAGCAGGCGGAUGUCUGGUACAAUAUUGGGCAUGUUGCUGUGGGCAUUGGGGACUUGACGCUGGCAUAUCAGUGUUUUAAACUGACCCUGGCUUUCAAUAAUGAUCAUGCUGAGGCCUACAACAACCUGGCGGUACUGGAACUGCGAAAAGGUCAUAUUGAGCAGUCGAAAGCCUUCCUGCAGACAGCCGCGUUGCUGGCCCCUCACAUGUAUGAGCCGAACUUCAAUCUCUCCAUUCUGUGUGAAAAGAUUGGAGACCUUCAGAGCAGUUACACUGCAGCUCAAAAGUCUGAGGACGCUUUUCCAGAGCACAUCGACACUCAGCAGCUCCUCAAGCAGCUUCGGCAGCACUUUGCAGUUCUGUGAGCCGUCAGACACCCAACCAAAAAG